UACGAAGCCGCUGGUGCAGCUUUUUCCGAAAGCAUCAGAGUGCGUGUAUACGAGUUGUUAUUGGUAGAAGUCGAAAUGUUGUGAUGGCCGGAACGUCGCGACGUCCGAGCUCCGAGCUCGGACCUGACCUGUCGUCCCCGACGCCGCUGAAGAAGUUAAAGUUCUCCGAGAGCAGCUCGAUCGAGGGGACGUCCGAGAAGAAGCAUGACUUGAGUACGGAGGAGUUGAAGAGCGUGGAGAAAUUAGCGAGCUCGGUGGCAGCCUCGUUAUCCGAGAACACGAUAGAGUUGACACCCGGCACAGCGUCGGAAACGAAUCCGUUCGAAAUCAGCGAGGAAUCUCUGGAUAGUACAAAGCAAUUGAUCCAAACUAGCUUGGAAGGGCCGGCGAACGUGACCGCGGGCUCGUCGAAGGAAGGACACUUUGGUAGCUUCGAAGCGAUCAUACAGAUGAAGUACACCGGUCAAGAAGAGGAUUCCGGUAGCUCGAGCAAGAGGUCAGAGUCCGACAGUGAUGUACAAAUUCAGACGUCGUUGCUUGGCGAGGUUGCACUGUACCAGGAAUUGUCGCUGAUCGGAAACGGCGCGUACGGAACUGUCUACAAGGCCAAAGACUUGAAUACCGGACAAGUUGUGGCGUUGAAGAAAGUUAGGGUACCUCUGACGGAAGAUGGCUUACCCACGUCUACGUUGAGAGAGAUAGCUACCUUGAAGCAGCUCGAGAGAUUCGAGCAUCCGCACAUUGUGAGACUACUAGACGUUUGUCAAGGGAAUUAUCUACACUUGCCUUCCGCUGAUGGAAGAUCGGAAAGGCUAGAUCGAGGCCUGACAUUGUGGCUGGUGUUUGAGCACGUGGAAAGGGACCUAGCAUCUUACAUGGCCUCCUGUCCACGGCCAGGUAUCCCGUCCCAUCUGGUAAAACAGAUGUCAAAGGAGAUACUCAGAGGCGUCGAAUUCUUACACAGUCAUAGGAUCAUACACAGGGACUUGAAGCCUCAAAAUCUGUUGGUGUCCAGAGAAGGGAGAAUAAAGAUCGCCGAUUUUGGCUUGGCGAAAACGUACAACUUCGAGAUGAGAUUGACUUCUGUGGUCGUGACGCAAUGGUAUCGCGCACCAGAAGUCCUCCUAGGCUGCUCUUAUGCAACUCCUGUUGACAUUUGGUCCGUAGGGUGCAUACUAGCGGAAUUGAGCAGACUUGAACCUUUGUUUCCGGGAACGAGCGAAGGCGACCAACUCGACAGGAUUUUCCAAGUAAUUGGGACUCCGUCGCAAGAAGAGUGGCCUGGGAAUGUGUCCCUUAGUUGGACAGCUUUCCCUUACAGGCAACCGAAACCUCUUGCAGCAAUAAUACCUGAUCUCAAUGAACAUGGACUAGAUUUAAUUAAAAAUAUGCUUAUGUUUGGUCCCCAUAGACGAUUAACUGCAGCUCAAGCCCUCAGACAUCGGUAUUUCGCUGAAGAUGAUGACUCGUGA